UGACACCAAUCUAGAAAUGUCAACUAUUACAUACAGCUGUAUACUUUCUAUCACUACAUAUAGAGUGUUCGUAAAAACAUUAGAGAGCAGAAAAAUGGCUUUAUGUGGGAAAGUAUCCACUGCAUACGAGGGUGAAGCAACUGCUGCUAAGUUCUAUAAUGUUUUUAGGAAGCAACUUCAAUUUAUUCCUAACAUUUCCUCUGAAGUACAAGGAGCUAGAUUGCUUGAAGGUGAGUGGGAUAAAGUUGGUGCUGUCAUACACUGGGAAUAUACAAUAGAUGAAGAAGAACAAAGUGCUAAAGGAAAAAUUGAGACUAUAGAUGAUGAGAAUAAGGUAAUCACGUUUAGUCUCUUUGAUGGAGAUGUGAGUGAGAAUUACAAGAGUUUUAAGGGAACAUUACAAGUUAUGGAUGGGGAAUAUGGUGGGCUUGUGAGAUGGACUUUUGAGUAUGAGAAAUUAAAGGAGGACAUUACCGGUGCAGUUAUGGAUUUCUAUUUGGAUCUUGUUGCAGAGAUCACAAAAGAUGUUGAUGCUCAUCUUGUUGAGGAAGAGCAACAAAUAUGAACAGAGAUGAAGUGUGUUUGGCUAUGAUGUUAUUGCAUAUCAAAUAAACUUGAAAAAUUUACAAUUGUCUUUCUUGAGCUCUGUUAAAAUUGUAGAUGAUUUCCAAAAUAUCAUACAAGGUGUAAUUUUUGUAAUUUUGUAAUAUGCAUAUGAAUUGUUAUUAUAUUUAAUGGCAAUUUUUGAAG